AAAGUUUUGAUUUUUUUUCUUGGCAUUUUGAAUGUUGUUUUGGGGCUGUCUUCUUGAGAGCAAUGGGUGUUCACUUUUGUUUUCUGAUAACUAAAAAAAGGGAUUUUUACAAGGGAUAAUUUUCACUAACUUUUUUUGGGUUUUUAGUUGGGAUUUUCUUGAGUGACUUUAAUUUGUGUAAAGUUUUAAUCUUUUCAAGGCAUUUUGAAGGAUGCUGUGUGGGGUUUGUUUUCUGAUAGCUAAAAAGAAGCAUUUUUCAUAGGGAGAUAAUGUCAGUCAAGAAUAGAAAGAUAUCUUCUUGACUAACUUUUUUGAGUUUCAUGGGGGUAGAAAAAGAUGAUAACUUUAGGAAAGUUCAUUUCUUUUAGAAAGUUAUCUGAGUAUAAGUAGAAGAAAAGUUACAUUUUUUAGUAUAUUGAAGGGUUGUAAAGAUAGAAUCUUGAAAAUGGGGGAGAAGAAGAAUAUGCCAGCAGUUUGGUUUUCUUUAAAGAGAUCUUUGCAUUGUAAAUCAGGGCCAUCAGAUGUUCAUGACCCAAAAACAAGAAAAGAGUUGAGCACAAUUUUGACUAAAAAGGGAGGAGGAGGAAGGUCUGGUUGUUCAAGGUCUAUAGCAAAUCUCAAAGAUGUUAUUCAUGGAAGUAAAAGACAUUUGGAUAAACCCCCUAGUUGUAGUCCAAGAUCUAUUGGUAGUAGUGAGUUUCUUAAUCCAAUAACUCAUGAAGUUAUUCUGAGUAACUCAAGAUGUGAGCUGAAAAUCACUAGUUUUAAUGGAUUUCAAGAAAGUGGUAAUGGGGGUGGUGGGGUGAGUACUAACGGUGGUUCAACUUUUGUGGGUACUUUAAGGCCUGGUACACCAGGUCCAGGAGGGCACCCUACAAUGCAUUAUUUCAAUUCUGGUUGUAGGAACACUCCUACAAGGAGGAGUGCAUCUUUUCUUGUUGAUAAAGAAGGACAUACUAGUAGUUUUGCUUCUAAAACUAGGUAUUCACUUGAUAAUGAUGUUAAUGGAACUUCUUCUGGGGUCACAUGUCAUAAGUGUAGAGAGCAAUUUGGGAAAUGGGAAGCUCUUGAAGAGCAUCAUCUUUCUAAGCAUGCUGUGAGUGAACUUUUGGAGGGUGAUUCUUCAAGGAAGAUUGUAGAAAUAAUCUGUCGCUCAAGCUGGUUAAAAUCCGAGAGCCAAGUUGGACGGAUUGAAAGGGUCUUGAAAGUUCAUAACACACAAAAAACUCUGGCUCGGUUUGAAGAAUAUAGGGAGAUGGUGAAGAGCAAAGCAAGUAAGCUCCCUAAGAAACAUCCUCGAUGUAUAGCUGAUGGAAAUGAACUUUUAAGGUUCUAUGGAACUACUUUGGCUUGCGGCCUUGGCAUGAAUGGAUCCUGCUGUCUCUGUAUAUCUGAUAAAUGCUGCGUCUGUCGAAUUAUCAGAAACGGUUUCUCCACGAAGAAGGAACUCAAAGGUGGGAUUGGCGUCUUCACCACCUCCACGAGUGGAAGUGCUUAUGAAUGCAUCGAGAUGAGUGAAGAUGAUCCAUCCUUAAGAAAAGCAUUGAUCGUCUGCAGAGUAGUUGCAGGUCGAGUGCAUAGGCCAUUAGAGAACAUUCAAGAAAUGGCUGGUCAAACUGGGUUCGAUUCUUUGGCAGGUAAGGUUGGCGUGUACUCGAAUAUAGAGGAGCUUUACUUGCUUAAUCCAAAGGCUCUUCUUCCAUGUUUUGUGGUAAUCUGCAAAGCCUAAGGGGAAAAAAAGACAUUGUAGAAUGUUUAAAUUAGUAAUGAGAUUCUGCGUCACGUAUAGGCUUUUCUUUUCGACAUGUUCUGCAGGAAUUUUUGGUUCUUGGAGUCCAAAUUCUGUAUCUGUUAUUUACCAAAAUUUGGCAA